GUCCUUGGCUUUCGACUGACAAAUUCUUCUACUGCUCUACUGUACGCGAAGACGGAGCAGGUGCGCCGGCCGCAGAUGGUGAUGGCGCUAGUGCUGGGCUAGCUAUGAAUUAUUUCAUAGCAUAGCAAUUCAUAGCAUAUUUUUAGCAUGCUAAAUAUCAACCUAGCCAGUCGGGAGGCUGAACCACGUGCUAUGAAUUGCUAAUAAUCAAUUUUCGAUCCUAUGAUAACGCAGUGAUAACUUGGUGAUAAGGAGCUGAAUCUACAUCAAUUAGAAGUCUGACAAUCACUGUCAGAAAUGACACUCCGGAACAAGGCGGAGAAUCUUUUUUCUGUAUACUUCUCGUCAUGCCGUUGCCUCCAGAAGCUCUCGGAGCACUGGUGAUAGCUCGCAGAGCUUACAUUGAGAGCGAAGAUUUCAGUAUUCCGGAUUUCAUAAAAGCUAUCGAGCUUCACACGGAAGAGAAGAGUGAAGAACGCACAGCAUGGUUCUCACACGUGGAUGUUCUCACCGAUGCGAUGGAGAACGGGACAGAUCUGCCUCCAGUUCCCGGUGUGAUUGACACCCCAAAGCCCAAAAAACGCGCGACAAAGAAGGCACCAGUCCCAACUGCCACAAGCCUAUCGGACGCUUUGUCGGGGACCAACGCGGCCCAGAAGCGCACCCAGAUUCGCGCGCAACGCAUCUUGGAUGACCAAGGUGCUGCACCUGUAGGAGAAACCGGUCCAUCACGAGGGAAGAACGUGAAGAAGUCUAAAGGUGCAGGAGCGCCGCGCGACACAUUGGUCGACGAUUUGGUCAUCGAAGAGAUUGAGCUGCAGCCCCAGGGCGUAGGGAAGGAGCCGAAGAAGAAGAUAUGGAUCUACUGCGUUGCUUGUGACAAUGUAACACCAUUCCGGAACCCAAAGCGUAGCCGGAAACACGCGCUGGAGUGCGAGGUAAGUGUAUUCACGUUGGUGGCUGGUUCCGUUCUGAUCUACUUGUUCUUUGAGAUGUUGAAGCAGACAUUUCCGAACCUCUACAAACGAGUCUGCGAAGACAAUGCCAGCAGAGCGACGGGAAGCCUUCCUCGCGUCCGUACAAAGAGCAAGGUAGCUGCGGUCUCGCCGGUUGCCGCUCCUGGAUUGAGUGAAGACACGCCAAUGGAGGUCGAUUCCGGGUCGGAAGCUACAAGCGAUGACGAGGAUGUCAACGAAGAUGCGGCUCCAUCUAACAAGGGCACGAUAAAGGAGUAUUUCGAGCCUGUGAAGAUGACCGAAGUACGUCAGGCGGCAAUCGACCUUGCUCUCUUCCAAGCCGUCAUCUGUUGUGCGCUCCCCUUCUCCUUCGUUGAGAAUCCGUGGCUCGUCAACCUCCUCCUUGUUAUGGUCCCCAACUACGUCACUCCUGAGCGCAGCGCGUUCUUCACUCGACAGAUUGCAGAUCAAGUCGCACUGUUCGUUGUGCAGCUCAAGGCAUUCCUGUUGCACCGGUACUUUCUCACUUUAUCGCUGGACGGAUGGAGCAGUCGAGGGAAGGAUGAAAUCUAUACGUUCCACACAACACUCCCCAGUCGGCGUUCCAUCUUCACCCUUGGCCACGUCUUCAAAGGGGUUUCUGUGACUGCCGAAGCCCUGUUUACUGUCGUGAAGGUGCAGAUCUUUGGCGUCUAUGGUGUGCACGCCUAUAGUGCCGUUGUUGGUGAUGGUGGAAGUAAUGUCCGUGCAUUGAAGAGAGAUAUUGCGCACGAGUUCGCUUGGAUCCUGAACAUCUAUGACCCCUGUCAUCUCCUCAAUCUCUUCCUGAAGGACAUUGGCAAGCUCUUCAAAGUGGAAUUGAGCAUUGUAUCAGGCAUCUCGAACUACUUUUCCCACUCAAACGCAGCCACAUAUGCAUUGUCCGUUGAGCGCAAGGCUCGUGGUAUCAAGGGUGGGAUGAAGUCAGCGUCUGACACUCGAUUUGGCACGUCCUUCAUCCAAUCUGUUGCUCUCCGUCUCUGUUUCCCGGCUAUUGUUGCAUGCAUUCAGGCCGGUACUAUCGCAUUCACUACCAAAGCGACCAAACGCUUCAUUCCUUAUUUCGAUCCUGACCAUCUCGAAUACCCAGGGUUUCAAUCGAGACUCUCUGCACUUAUCCAGCUCCUCGAGGCUGGUGCCAAUGGAAUCACGACAUUGGAAGGCCAGAAUGUGACCUGCGCCGAUGUGUUCUAUGUCUGGGUCACCAUUGCCUGGCAUCUCGAACGGCUCGUCGGCAGCACAACGAAGGGCUUUUCAAAAUAUCGCUCACAGAUUAUCACCAUUUAUAAUGCUCGCUUUGAGCAGAUGAUGACCGAAUCAUCACACAACCUCUUCCUUCUUGCAUACUACCUUCAUCCCCUCUAUUUCACGCACGGCGGCUUGAAGCUUUUCCUUCCGGAUCUCCGUGAAGGGGAAAAAUACUCGAGUGACAAGUGGACGGAUCUAUUCCGCACCCUCCGUCUCUCUGCUCGAGCGAUUCUGCAUGGAGAGCAGCUUCGCUGCAACAUGGAAUCAAAAUCUGAAGCGAGCCGACUAACUCAACAGCUCGUUCGAUGGUUGUGUGGUCAUGCUCCCUUCCAUAAACGGGCCUAUAUCACUCGUGAUGACAAGCCAUUAGACUACUGGAAGGCCGUGAAGAAGGACUCAAAUGCAGAUGUUCUUGCGACUGUCGCAAUCAUCCUCUUCUCGAUCUCACCUUCUGAGAUAUGCGACGAACGGACAGCAUCCCUUCUGGGAUGGAUGAACGCUGCUCGUCGGAGCUCUAUGACCGCCGAGAACCUUGUUCAUUCUGCUCAACUUUCACAGUGGUACAAGCACGGUCUGUCCGAGGGCAACUACCAGCACACAUCGACUGCAAACAUUCGUGUUUCCAAUGUCGACUUGUCCACUGAGACCACCGUCACACUCUCUGCACCCACCCUCAUGGAUUUGUUGAACGACCAGAAUGUAGAUCCGACUGUAGAAGACCAGGAAGCGCUCGAGAAGAUGCUCUUUGAGCAGGAAGACCCGUUUGAUCUUGACGAAUGCGACCGUGUUGAUAGCACUGUCAAUUCUGAGCCCGCUCAUGUGGCCCCCACCCAGACUCCUUUCAUCACUCGAAUGUCGACUCGCUGGGCUGUCACCGACUUUGUUCGUCUUGACAGUCCUGCUCUCGGCAAGCUCAUUAUUCCGAGCGCAUCCCCGGAGGUUGCUUCCGUACGCCCCAAGAGUCCGGAGGUCAGCGAGCAUACCGCUGUGAAUCAGCCCUGGGAUCCAAAUGCUGAAGACGACGACUAG